UACUACAGCAGUGGAAACUUCUCUAAUAUCGAGAUCACUAGAUGUAGAAAAUACUAACAGAGCCGCAUUUUCCUAAAGCUUGCUAAUUAGGUGUGUGGUGGUGAGAACUUGUGUUGCAAAUUUCAUUUUCACCGAACAUUCUUUAUUUACAUUUCAUUCGUUUAUCCGUCGAACUCGGGACUACUGUGUCGUUGUGCGAGUUUUCGUCAGAGAAAGUGAAGGCCGGUCUCUUAGUUUUGGCUGUGCGCUAGGCAGUUGCCGAUUCACUCGUGUUUUCUGCAGUUCACUAGUCUCUUCAUUCGAACGAUUUCCUGUAAAUUCUCAUCAUGACUACCUUGGUGAAAUCAGUGUCGGAUGUCUACGAUGAGUACAUGGCAAAUGGAGAUCCUCGAGUAACCAAAUGGCCUCUCAUGGAAGGACCAGGACCAACUUUCUUGUUAGUCAUAUUAUAUGUGCUAUUUGUUAAGAAAAUUGGUCCCGCCUGGAUGAUGGACAAGAAGCCAUAUGACCUCAGAUAUCCGAUGUUUUUAUAUAACCUGGUGCUGGUAUUCACAAAUUUCUAUUUAUUAUUGGAGUCAUUCCGGAUUCUUUUCAAGCCAACAAGCAAAUGGUUCUGCAGAAUAGAUAAUCACAAUGAUCCUGAUGCUUUAAGGCUCGCUGAACUUGGAUGGUGGUUUUUCUUCAUGAAAUUUAUUGAAUUCGCCGAUACGAUAUUUUUCGUGUUGAGGAAAAAGAGCAAACACAUUUCUACUCUUCAUGUUGUUCAUCACGCUGUUGUUCCCAUUGCAGUCUGGGGAGGCUUCAGAGUUGAACCAGGAAAUUACAACUAUUUCUUCCCCUUGAUCAAUACUAUUGUUCACACUGUUAUGUACUCGUAUUAUGGACUGGCUGCUCUUGGACCAAGUGUUCAGAAAUACUUGUGGUGGAAAAAGUACCUUACAACAUUCCAAAUGAUCCAAUUCGUCAUGGUAUUUUUCUAUGUGAUGACACUGAUGAUUGGCAACUGCAAAGUAUCCAAGUUCAUUAUUUAUUUGAACAUGUUCUUGGCCGGCCUGUUCCUGCUCAUGUUCUACGACUACUUCCAAAAUACAUACCUCAAGAAGAGAGCCAUUCGAAAACAGAAGGACUUGGAUGAGAAAAAUGAGCGACUCAGGGCUGAAAAGGAAGCAUCCGAGAAGAAUGGUAACUUGCAUUCAGGAAAUAAUGGCAUCAUACAAAAUGGUGUCCAAAACGGAGUCGCUAAGACUAUUGUUAAGAAAGAUCAAUAGUUGGACACAGACUGUUAAAUAUUUUCGAAAGCAACAAUUCCUGAGAAAGCAACAAUUGACUGUUUUGUAUUAAUCUAUACCUUUCAGUGACUGUUAUGAAUAUCUUGUUGUAGUUCAGGGGUCACAAUCAUUUGCAUCGUCUGCUGUACGGCUGUUGAUUGUGUUUUAAGAUUUCGUACGUUAAAGACAUUACGAACUGUUUGAUUAUAAAAGGUGAUUACUUUGGGUUUUGUAAAUGUUGAAUUUGUACAUAUAUUUAAGUUUGUAUGUUUGCUAAACUUAAUUUUCUGUUUUACAUAUACCCAAACUUGUUAACUAUUCUAUUAUGUAAAAGAAGUUUAUGCAAAAUAGAAAAGGUUUAGAAAGCAAAUCUGUAUGGAAGUUUUGUUUCUAACUUUCGAAAGAAGUAAUAGAAUUUUGAAAUGAUUCUACUUUUUGUUUAUUUGUAAAUAAAGGUAUUAUUCUUUUGUUAAAAAAAUGGUAAUAUGGUUGAUGCGUUACGAGAUGUUCCAUGUUCAUACAUAAUUUAAGUUUUAUUGGUACUUUGUUUAUUAAAUGUAUGCCAAAAUUUAAUUAUUAAUUUUUAUUUUAUGUUAACACGUUUUUUUUCGGAUAAAACAUUUUGAAAUGGAAUUUCUAAAUUUGAAAGAUUAACUGUUUUAUAAUACCUAUAUUUUUAGAAUUUACAUUUAUAUUACGUUAUUUCCUCUUUUUUUUUUUGUAAAAAUUUUAAAACUUUGAUAAGAGAAAAAAAGGGAUUUUAAAUACCAGUAUUUGUUAAUAUUAGUCUAGGAGAAAAAUUUUAUCUAUAUAACGGACUAUAAAAUAAUCAUCAAUUACCAUUUAAUUUAUACGUUUAUUGCAUUCAACACAUUUCAAUGUUCCUAUUUGAAAAAUCCUUCUGGAUAUUAAUAUAAUUUGUUAUGGAUAUAUUUUACAAAUUGUUCUGUUUUUUGAAAAUUCCUUGUAUUAAUAUGAGUGAAUUCUGUUUUAUAAUCUAAGUUUAUUUAACAAAGUUAAUUUACUUUAAAGUUUUGUUAAAAAUCGUUAACUUUUUUUUUCUAUAACUUUUUUUCUUCUUGCAAACUGAUCAGUUAAAUUUCUCUUUCUUUAGAAAAUAAAACAUUUUAAAGUCUCAAUUCUAAAUUUUUAUUUGCAAAAAUUCUUUACAUUCAAGCAUAUAUAGCCUUUUAAUAAAUAUGCAAAUAAAUUCGUAUCGUUCAAAAUACGAGUUAUAUUUCGUGAUUGCUGAUCAAAAAAAUUAGACAUGAAAUUGAGCAAAUUUCUAUUUGGCUCAUUUUUCUUGCAUGAAGUAAUUUUAAAGUUUUUAAUAUGUCUAAUUAAAAUUUUAGGUGGUUUUAUGUUGUAGAUGAGUUGAAUCAUGUGGCAAUUUUUAAAUAUCUGUAUUAUAAAAUAAAAAACAUAUAAUUUUAUUUUUCCAAUUCAAUCAUUAUAUAUUUUUAAAUUGAUUCUUUUUUAAAACUAUUUAUUCAUAUGUGAAAAGCGACAGACUUGUUCAUGGAAAACACCAAUUAUGCAUUUUCAGUCUGUCAAUCUGUAUUAUAUUCUGUUGUGUAUUUCUUGUAUUUCUGUUAAUAAAGAAUUUUUCUCGUA